GGAGAGUUGCCUUUGAAUGCCAUCCAAGUCCAAUUUGAGGAAAAAGAGAAGACUGCUUUUCUAAUAGAAGGCCGGCUGAUCAACUCCAUCCGGGUGAUUUGUUCCAGCUACGAAGAUUACCAAGAGUGGCUCUAUUGUCUUAAAACUGCUCAGUUCCGCCACGCAGAUUCCUCCCUCUCUGGAUCGGACAGUUUCUCCGGGUUAAAGCCUUCUCACCUGGCGCAGUUUUCAGGAAGCGGAAGAGGGUCACUCACCUCGGAGGGCAGAACGAAUUCCUGGGCGUCUGCCGGGAAGGGGGCGACGUCCACCCACCACUCCCAAACCAGUACGGCUUCUCUGUCCGAGAGACACUUGUUUGAUGUGGUACCCGAGAACCGGUUAGCUGAAAACCAUCUGCCGCAACCAGCCUGCUGCCUGGGAAAGCGAGCCCCGGCAGGGACAGGAAUGCCGAAAGCCGAGCUGAAACGAAAAGGCAGUUCUCGAAAGUCCAAAGGGAAGGGCGUCCCGCCGCCACCGCCGCCGCAGCAGCCCCAGGGCCCCGGCGAGAACGCCGACAAGAAAGGCCCCUUCCCACUCGUCCCGAAGCACCCCCGUGGCGAGGGCGUCUCUCCCGUGUACAAUGAGCCCUUCUCAGCACUGGCGCAACAGGAGCAUCCCGCCGUGCGCCCGCUGCACCUGGACUUGAACCAUCCGAAGCAGUGGAACGUGCCAAGGAGUCAGACCUGCCCUGCUCCCCAAACGCUGGAAUACGCCUCUCUCGCGUCUUCCCCCAUGUAUGCCGACCCCUACACCCCCAGUUCCCCCUCCUCGCACGGGGCAGCAGCCUCCUACUUCCUGGGAGAGCCCUUAUCUCUUCUAGAUGAAAGCCUGCAGGCCUACAACCUCCCUGAAACAGGAGGGGAACAGCUGGACUCAACUUAUCACGACUACGCCGAGCUGCAAAGCUUCCACGAGGACUACAGCUAUGACAACAUCUGGGAUACAGAGGUGAAGAAGCCGCCCACCGUCCAGGAGAUCUACCAUUGCUAAAGGAGGCGUCCCUCCCCUGAAGCAGGAAGACUUGAGAACUGGGAAGAGACGAAAUCUGACUCUUGUUUUUUAUACUGCGAAGAUUGGAUGGUGGACUUCCGAAGGCCAGGAUCUGUCUAGCUACUUUGGGACCCCUUGUCCCAUGCCUGUUCCUCCACUUCAGCUUGUGGUGCUAUGAAAAACAUCUGAGAAAAGGACCUGGGACUCUUCCAUCCACGAAGCGGUUGUUUAUCAACACAAGAGAUGGAUCCUGAUCACGUGGUUGUUAUGAAGAAAGCUGCCCUGUCUGUACGGGGUCAGAAGCGGUCUGGACUUUGUGUGUGCCGUUGAUAUUGCAAUUCACCCCGAAACAUUAAAAACGUUAUCUGCUAACCGUUACUCCGAGGGUUUUUAAAAGCUGCCAUUCCAUCUUCAGACGGUUGAAGAACUGGACAAUCAAAAUGGAUUGGACCCUUCCUUGCGUUAGGAAUUUUGAGGUGGCUUGUGGCAACUGGCGGGUGCAAUUUCAAAAAAAACACAAAAACAACCCCCCUCUCAAAGCAAACAAGUAUAAGACACUC